UCAGUGCGUUCUGCCUGACGCGCAGAUAGUGGACUCAAUCCAUGAUCAAAGGACCCUCCACGCGCAAAACAUGUACUUUCUGUAAAAUGUGAGGUUUCACGACUUAGUGUGAUCAUUUGAAAAUGUUCCUACUUAUUUGAAUGCAAUUUCACGCGAUUGUCAUUGUUUAGUUUUUUUUUGUUGCCGGAGAUGGGGUGCGCAAUAUCAGGCUUGGUACCAAAACAAGUCGGGGACGUGAUUGACGAUGUUCCCAUUGUGCAUCUAACUGACGAGCACAAGGAGAUAAUCAAAGAGACGUGGAAAGUCAUCCAAGAGAACAUCGCGAAAGUUGGCAUUAUUAUGUUUGUUGGGUUGUUUGAGACCCAUCCAGAAUGCAAAGACGUUUUCUUCCUGUUCCGAGACGUUGAAGACCUGGAGAGGCUGCGGAACAACAAGGAGCUACAAACUCACGGCCUACGGAUAAUGCACUUCAUUGAGAAAAGCGUGGCCAGACUUAAUCAGAUGGAACGACUGGACCAACUGAUCCUAGAUCUGGGCAAAAGCCACUAUCGUUACAACUCCCCUCCGAAGUACUACAUGUACGUGGGGGCAGAGUUUAUUCGAGCCGUCCAGCCAAUCCUGAAGGACAACUGGACCUCAGAAGUGGAGGAGGCUUGGAAGACGUUGUUCCUGUACAUCACCAGUAUCAUGAAGCAAGGCUAUGUGGAAGAGGAGAAGAACCAGAGGAACACCAUGGCCAACUCCAGGAGAGAGAGACCAGAGAAGAGGCUCAAUGUCAUCUAGGAGCAGCCUACUCUCCAGUCAACUUGUACAGUGCAUUCGGGAAGUAUUCAGACCUCUGGCCUUUUUCCACAUUGUGUUUCGUUACAAUGGAUUAAAUAAAUAAAAACAUAUCAUAAAUCUGCUAACAAUACCCCAUAAGGACAAGGCAGAAACCGGUUUAGAACUUUGAAAAUGUAUUUAGUAAAACAGAAAUACCUUUACGUAAGUAUUCAGACCCUUUGCUAUGAGACUCGAAAUUGAGCUCGGGUGCAUCCUGUUU